GGGGAGGAGGAUCACAUGGUGGAAGAGCUGAACUUCUUCAAACGGAAUGGAGGCUCUUCCGUUGUUGAUUGCACCACCCUCGGGAUCCGCAGGGAUGUUGGGAAACUGAAGAAAAUCUCCAUGGAAACAGGAGUGAAUGUUAUCUGUGGUGCAGGUUACUACGAGGCUUGCACCCAUCCCCCCAACAUGGACACCCUUACAGAGGAACAGCUGGUGUCUACCAUAGUCAACGACAUCACCCGGGGGGCUGACGGGACUGACGUCAGGUGUGGGGUGAUUGGGGAGAUCGGCUGUUCUUGGCCGAUGACAGACAAUGAAAGGAAAGUUCUCAAGGCCACGGUUACAGCACAAAGUGAAACAGGCUGUCCUGUCAUCAUUCACCCAGGAAGGCACAAAGACGCUCCCUCUGAGAUCAUUCGUGUACUACAGGAAGCAGGUGGUGACGUCGGCGCAACAGUGAUGUCCCAUCUUGACUGUACGUUUUUCGAGCCGGAGGAUGUUAUGGAGUUUGCCUCGCUGGGCAGCUAUCUAGAGUGGGACUUCUUCGGACUGGAGGUUUCCCACUGCCAGUGGGCAGACAUAGACAUGCCGAACGACGCCAUGAGGAUCAAAAUGAUCCGCCAGGUGCUGGAGGAGGGACAUGCUGACAAAGUUGUCAUCUCUCACGAUGUGGACACCAAACAUCGACUGAUGCACUACGGCGGCCACGGCUACUCCCACAUCCUGCUGAAUGUUGUACCCAUGAUGCUCAACAGAGGAAUAUCCCAGGAAGACAUCAACAAGAUUCUCGUUGAGAAUCCCAAAAAAUGACUAGUCUUUAAGUAAAAUAGCCUUUGAACAGUCACGCGUAUUGGUAUUUUUCUUGAAAAGAUAUGAUCACUUGAGGAAUCGAAACAAGUUACAGUCGUAAUGCAUUGCAUCACGUAAUAUUGUACAUGGUUACCCUAUCUAAUAGGAGAAAACCUUUCAUAUCCUAACGAUACCUGCUAUUUCAUAUGUAUGGGGCGACAUUUGGAUCUGUUUGAGGAAGUACUAACAUGAUGUUAGCCUAAUUUUCACAUUUCGAAAGCUAAGACUGCAUAUCCUAACAGAGUCUAGACUACAGUGGCAUCAACAAGAGGUUCAACACGUAAAUAUAGGAAAGUAGGGAGCCGCAAAACAUCCUUCCUCAGUUGUCUUCUGUAACCUAGUUACCGUGGAAGCUAAUAAACAGACAGGAUGGUUGAAAAGGUCAUGACAUUUCACGAGGGAUCGAUGUCAAUCACUCACUUCACUACUGGAAACAACAGUAGCUGAUUGGUUUACGCCUUUGCAAGAGAUUAAUAUGUAAUGUGAAAUAAAUGUUCAACACAUUUAUGUCUACCAACUGAA